CUCCUCAUUGCAUCAUCAAAACCUUUUUAUCUGCAGUCUCUCUUCUCCAUUCCUCAACCCAUCGUUUUCAAAAAGAGGUUUGAACUGUGAAACAUACGGAGUGAGAAAAGCGGGAGGUGUAGUAGACUGAGCUGAAGCAUUUCUUAGAACAAACGACUGCGGAAAUUGAUGCCUGAUCGCUAUGAAAAUGGACCAAGUUUAAGAUUUGGUAACUAAGUAAGUUUGCUUUCAUCAGCAUUCGCUUUUCAAAGGUUUAAAAACUUGGCAUGCCACAGCAACAGUUUGGGCUUAAAGAUAUACAAAUGCUUCAACAACAUUUGAUGGUAAAACAACUUCAAGAACAUCAAAGGCAGCAGAAUUACUCAAACCAGUUGCCUCCAAUUAAUAAUAAGCAUGCUAGUGGAAAUCAAUAUCUUCCGCCCAUUAAUGGAACACCUAUUCGCGAUCUCUCGCAGAUGUUUCCCCAUGGAAGCAUGAACUCGGUCCAAAGUAUCUCAUCUCCAUCUCUCCAAGAUUUUCCAAAUGGUUUUAUCUAUUCAGAAGAUCGGGAUCAGGAUCCACAUCCGAUUGGCUUGAAUCCUCAACCGAUUGAUGCAUCUUUUGGUUUUACUCAAAAUCAAGUUGGGACAACGCAAACAUUGCAGUCUGACUUUAAUAAUCCGUUCUUGGGAAACCAUUUCAAUGUUUAUUCAGAUCAGCUUCCUAUUUCUGAUGGAGAUUUCAAGCCAAUCCAAAAUGUUCGUCAGCGUUCGACAUCUCUCGAUCCAUUAGAGCAGAAGAUUUUGUUCAAUGCAGAAGAUACCAAUUGGAAUGCCUCAUUUGGAACGGGGAAUGAUGUGUUUGACCAAUCGGAUGACACAAGCUCUUUUCCUUCUCUUCAAAGUGGCAGUUGGAGUGCUUUAAUGCAGUCUGCUGUUGCAGAAGCUUCUAGCAGUGAUAAUGGAAUGCAAGAAGAGUGGAGUGGGCUAAGUUUUCAGAAUAUGGAAAUCUCUGUUGACAAUCAGCCUUCAGGUUUUGCAGAUGAUGGAAAGCAGCAAGUUGGUUGGGCUGAUAUGAACGCCACAUUCCCUGGUUUCCAUCAAUCUCACAAUGAUUUAGACUCCUCUUUUAAAACCGCUCAACAGUUCCUUAAAACUGAAGAAAUGAGUCAUCAGCUAGAUAAAACUGUUGAAAAUUACCAAAAAGGGGGUGAAACAUACCAAAAGCAAAACAAAAAUGAUAACAUUGGCGAUGAUUACCUAUGUAAUCCAUCCCAACAUAUCGUCAGAGAAAAUGAAGUGUUUGAGAGUUUGUGGCCUCACGAUAAAUGUGAUUCACAACAACCUGUGACUGGCAAAAACCAAAAAACGUCGUUUCAGAAUUUGACAGAAAUGGAGUCUUUGCACAGUAAAAAAGCAGGUGACCAAUGCGUAACUGCACAAACAAGACAAGAUAUGGUUGAGCAUGGUCAACAAGUUAGCUGCUCCAGAAAUCAAACCUAUGUAUCACAGUUUAGCUUCACUGAGCCUAAUCUAUCAACAAAGUUUUCUGCAGUCAAUCUGAACGAGAUUCCACAGAACUUUGGCAUGAAGUUGGCCCCUCCAUCUCAAUCACUAGCCGGUUCUAAUUCGCAAAUCGGAAAUUCUACCAACGCACAAGCAUUUUCAAAAGCUCAAUCUCAAAAGUCUUUUACUUGUGCUACCCCUCUAGUACCUAUUAGCGAAUCAUUUCCGAUCUUGGAAUCUGUGCCCAUAAAUCCAUCUUCUUCAGUCUCGGGGAUACCUCCACAAAUGGAGUUCUUUGCAAGAGUUUCCAGUAACCCUGAAAUAUUGAUGGGUCAUCCAAAGGAGCAGGGAGCUAGUCUCACAUCCGCUCUUGACCCUCAAGUCUGUCUUCAAAUGGCGCCUUCUUGGUUUGAGCACUAUAGAAACUUAAAAAAUGGGCAAAUGUCGGCAACAAUGACUAAUGCCUCGACUAUUCAUGCUAAUGCUGCUGUUUCCAGCAAAGACGGUAGUGGUUGGCCAAUAAUGACUAAAGCCUUGGAUGUAGCCAAACUAGUAGCUCCUUCAGAAAAAGAGGUCAACCGAACUUCUAUAUUUGUAGGAUCCAAAAAGCGUAAAACUGCUACGCCAAGACUGAUACCUUGGCACAAGGAUGUGGAACAUGGUUCCUCGUUGCUCCAAAAUAUCAGCAUGACUCAACUAGAAUGGGCGCAUGCCACAAACCGGCUUGCUGAAAAGGUGGAAGUUGAAGGUGGAACAAUUGAACGAGUUCAACAACCACAUCGAUCAAAGAAAAGAAUUAUUCUUACAACAGGACUUAUGCAACAGAUCUUUCGACCUGCAGAAGCAUCUUUUCUUUCAUCAGACGCUUAUUCAAAUUAUGAUAGCACGAUUUGUUUCACAGCCAAACUGGCAUUAGGUGACGCUUGCGGCUUGACUUCUCUCACAAAAAGCGAUUCAUGCAGCAUCUCAACUGAUGCUUCUAAAAUGAUAUGCAAGCAAGAUGAUGGUUCCGAGAGAAACAGUGAAGUGGUCUUCUCAAAAUUUGUGGAAGACUUGGACAAAAGAGCUAAGAAGCUGGAAACUGACUUCUUGAGAAUGGAGAUGACGGCAUCAAUUACGGAGGCAAAACUGGAAUUCGAAGAACUGGAGAAGUUUGCGAUCAUUAACAGGUUUGCAAAGUUUCAUUGCAGAGUACAAUCACCAGUGGCAUCAUCAUCAUCAUCUGGUACAACAGCUCUAUCUCUGCUUAAACAUCCUCAGAGAUAUGUUAUGGCUUUCCCUAUGCCUAGGGACUCAGUACCAGAUGUAACUCAUUGUCUUUCACUUUGACUAAUUUUCCCUAUUUUGACUAAAAACCCUAUUUCCAAAAGUAACUUAGAAGGAGAUCUUAGGUCAUUUUCCUUCCUAAUCAAGGAAAACUAGUGUAAUUUUUGGUUAUAUAUAUAUAUAUAAAUAUUCCUCGUGUACAUACGAUGGAGUUUCAAACCCUGUCUUUGGAGGCUAUAUUAGUCUUUUGCACUACCACUGAACUGUUUUAGUAAAACAGGCUUAUAAUGUAAGUUAUAUUAAUAUGCAUAUUUGUAGUUGUUUUUGGCCUUAUGGAUAAAU